ACACCUAGAAAGGUGUACAGCAUCCCCAUAUGACAGAUUCUUCGGGUAUCAGUUCGGUCCGGGUUGUGAAAGGCAUACAGUAGAGUGGCAAUUUCGAACCGCGGCUCGGAAAUCUUAACCGCGCUCCGACUUAUACCUCAUUGACUUUGGACGCACUUUGCUCUCCAAUCGACUCGCUCAAAAUUGGUUAAUUGCCUUUGAGUAAUUCAAUUUUUCAUUCGGUUCUUUAAUCGCAUCAGCGUCCAAUUUCGGCUUCAUUAUCUGUGAUUUUUGCUUCGCUGGACUUUAUCGGUGACGGCUCUAAUGAAGUGACUAAUCGUUUUAUCGUUGGGACUUAACUUGUGUUAACUACUGUGUGUUUGGCGACAACGGGGCGACUACCUAGAAUCCACCAUCAUUCUCCCCGCACAGCAAAUCGGAACGGCCGUGGCGCCAUGGCCUUCAGCGAUCACCUCCGUCGACGAUAUGGCACACAAAGGUACUACGAAACGGGUUCGAUUCGACCUCGAGCCAUCGGGGGUUCGAAGCCGAGAGUGGCGACCGCUGAAGUCGUCUCGAAAAUCUCCUCCUACAAAAGAGAGUGCCCGUCCAUCUUCGCCUGGGAGAUCCGCGAUCGGUUGCUGCAAGAGGGAGUUUGCACCAAUGACAACAUACCAAGUUUAUUGACUUGGAUGGACUAAAUUCCGACGAAACGAACUCAGGAGACAAUUCGAACGCUGGUUCCAGUAUAGGCCCCGAUGACGAUCAGGCGAGACUGCGACUGAAACGUAAACUCCAAAGAAACCGCACGUCGUUCACUAACGACCAGAUCGACAGUUUGGAAAAAGAGUUUGAGCGCACUCAUUACCCGGACGUCUUUGCCAGAGAGCGACUGGCCGCGAAAAUCGGCCUCCCGGAGGCCCGAAUACAGGUGUGGUUCUCCAAUCGGAGGGCGAAAUGGCGCAGAGAGGAGAAGUUGAGGAACCAGCGCAGAACCAACCAAACUCCUGUGGACGCAUCCGGCCCUAACGCAUCCCCCCCAAGAAUACAGGGCUUUGCCAACGGGAGUCCUGCUAUGUACUCGUCUAUUGCGCCUCCAAUGUCCAUAGCGGAUACCUACGGUUCCAUGUCGCCGAUGUCGAAUUUCGCUCACGGCGGAUUAACAACCAGCAUGGUUCCAUCGCCUGGCGCCUGUUUGCAGCAACGGGAAAGUCCAGGAAUGGGCGGUGGGAUGGGUGGCUACUGCAUGGGAAGACCGUCGGGAUACGAUCUGGGGAUCGGCUACGGUUCCAGACCGUCUCCAUGCAGUCCUGGGCAGCCUUACCAGAUGAACGGCCAUCAGUAUAACACCAAUGGAAGUUCAACAGGUUUGAUAUCCCCAGGAGUUUCAGUGCCAAUCGCAGUGCCAGGGCAAGCUGAUAUGACUUCCCAGUAUUGGCCCCGCAUACAGUGACCAUGGUGGAACUAAUGUGCGUUAAAAGUUUAGUUUUGCGAAUUUAACGUGUGACUCUAGUUAUUAUUGUGAAACUGAUAAGUUUAUUAUAAGGCAGCGUGCACAAAGUGCUUAUAUUUGUAACAUAACGUUUGCGGCGGUUUUCUCGUAUUGAAAGCAUCCAGGGAGGAUUUUUUUCCGAAAGGGCCCACUAGUUUGUAUAGCCGGAGUUAUAUGGGACAGUGCAAAUAGCGAAGCUUUCAGUAUGCGCAAAAUGGCCCAGAUGGAUUUCUGAUGUUGCUCUUCAACAGUGAUUGAAUAUUAGGAUUUAAAUGUUGUGCGUGCUUUCGUUUGUACCAAAGGGAAUGAUUUCCAAGCGGACUGAAAUGGGGCAAGUUAUAUUAGCGAUUUAGUUAAAAUAMAUUUUUAAUGCGCCAGUGCUUUGUGUUUUUUGUCGUCGUUGGGCAGCAGUAGUUUUUGCAAAUUUUGCAAUCGUUAAUAUUCAGRSRAAUUUUCACUAUGUCAGCAAARGAAGUGUGGUUUUCCAUURCAAAACAUGUACAUGGCAAAGCUCUUUYAGUAUACYAAAAAAACAUGCUGUGGAUGCGAAAACUACGCAAUUKRAACCUAAAGAGAACAAUCUUCUUGAUUCUGCUCGYGUGAAAUGAAAUUAUCAAAUGAGGAGSUUCAAA